UUAGGGAUCUCAGAGCCAAAUACCCUGUAUCGAACGGCCGCCUACUUACGGAGCACGCUGCCCUAUCGCGAUUCAGGCUGUCGAUUAGCGCAUCUUCCGCUAUCUAGACGAACUCUUCCGUCUCUAAUCCUUAUCACUCCUCAGUUCCCACCACGAUGCGCGGCCUACCUCUGGACGAUGUCCCCACCAAAUCAAAGCGCAAAUUCUUCCGUGUAGGACGCAUCCUUCCUCUCGUCGCACUAGCUGCUGUAGCAGGCGGUCUACUCUAUCACAACUUCAGUUUGGUCCACGAUGACCGCGCAUCGGCUCGCGACUUACUACGGCUCCCUGUGCACUGUCCCGCCCAGUCGCCAGCCAUCGCGCCGACUCAUCCAUUCGCUCCCGUUGAGGGUGAUGACUACCGUGCGACCGCCGCGGCGCGCCUCACUGGCGCGAUACGCGUCCGCACCGAGACCUUCGAUGUGUCCCCCUCGAACGGAUCAGACCCGGCGUAUGACAAGUUCGGCGACUUCGAGACAUAUUUGGUCGAAACUUUCCCUUCGGUUUUCGGCGCUCUCGAGUUGGAGCAUGUUGCCACCCACGGCUUGGUGCUCACUUGGCGAGGCUCAGACGCGUCUCUGGCUCCCAUCAUUCUCAUGGCCCACCAGGACACAGUUCCGGUCCCGGAAAGCACUGUUAGCCGCUGGACUCACCCGCCGUUUGAGGGCUACUUCGUCGAGGCAGGAUGGAUCUGGGGUCGUGGCGGGGGAGACUGCAAGAAUCUGCUAAUCGGAGAACUGAGCGCAAUCGACGAACUGCUUCGAAUCGGCUUCGCACCGGAGAGAACCGUGAUUUUAUCCUUCGGCUUCGAUGAAGAGGGUGGGGGCGUGCGGAGUGCCCAAUACCUCUCGAACCACAUCGAAAGCAUCUAUGGCAAAGACAGCAUGCUAUUCAUUAUCGACGAGGGAGAAGGCAUCCAAGAAAACUACUUUGGCACGACAUUCAUCACGCCGGCCACCGGUGAAAAGGGCAGCACUAAUGUUGAAGUGACUGUUUCGGUUCCAGGCGGUCAUUCUUCCAUCCCACCCGCGCAUACAGGCAUAGGGAUGCUCGCCGAAUUUGUCCGAGUGAUUGAAGACAAUGCCUUCCAACCCAAGUUGUCUGCCAAAAACCCUUUUUCCGCUUACGCCCAAUGUCUGGCUGAAUAUGCCGAGAUCGACCCUUCGCUGAAGGAUGCAUUGUCGCGUGAACGCACCUGGGACAAGGCGGCAGCCAUGAUCGCAGCAGCUGAUGCCGGCGACGGAGCACGACUGACGACCACCCAAGCUGUUGAUAUCAUAUCCGGCGGAGUCAAGGUUAAUGCGCUGCCAGAGCUGGCUACGGCGAUUGUCAACCACCGUAUCUCAGUGGACUUCUCCGUCAAGGAGCUCCAACAACGUUAUCUCGAUAUCCUCACGCCCACAGCUGAGCAAUUUGGGCUGACUGUUAUCGAUUUUGACUCUGCGGUCCCUGAGGGGGCCACUCACUACCUCAAGUUGACUACACCUAGAGGCUCGGACGCGUCUCCUGUAACGGCUGUGCAUGGAAGCGCUUGGGAUAUAUUCUCCGGGACGGCCAAACAUCUCUGGGGUGAUGAUGUUGUUGUGGCACCGACCUUGAUGAAUGGGGGCACAGACACCCGGGCAUUCCAAAACCUGAGCAAAGCUAUCUUCCGUUUCGAGCCACUGCGGCACACUGACAAGUAUGACAUCCAUACCGUCGACGAGCGAAUCCACAUUGAUGGGCAUCUCCAUACGAUCCAGUGGAUAUAUGCGCUCAUUCAGAACGCGGAUGCGUAUAGGGCGUAAUGUCACAGACGUAGUACAUGUGAUUGAUCUAGCAAUCGAGGACAUCUCUCAUCACACUUGCAACUUGCAGGUGAAUCUCACGGAAACAGACCCAUUGCAC